CCAGUAAGAAAUCUGGAGAGCCGUUAAUCAUCUCAGACAUUAAGAAAGGCAGCAUGGCUCACAGAACUGGUACCUUGGAACCAGGGGACAAGCUCCUGGCCAUAGACAACAUCAGACUGGAGAGCUGUUCCAUGGAAGACGCCUGUCAGAUCCUGGAACAGGCCGAGGACCUGGUUAAACUCAAGAUCCGUAAGGACGAAGACAACUCUGAUGAACAGGAGACGUCUGGUUUAAUCAUCUAUACGGUGGAGCUGAAGAGAUAUGGAGGCCCGCUGGGCAUCACCAUCUCAGGCACAGAGGAGCCCUUUGACCCCAUCGUUAUCUCUGGCCUCACCAAGCGGGGCCUGGCUGAAAGGACCGGAGCGAUCCAUGUGGGAGACCGUAUUCUGGCAAUCAACAGUGUCAGUCUGAAGGGCAAGCCGCUCAGCGAGGCCAUUCACCUACUACAGAUGGCCGGGGAGACAGUCACACUGAAGAUCAAGAAACAGGUCGACAUGGCAGACGAGAAGAAGAAGGAUGGAGAGAUGGAGAAUGAUUUGAGUGACACGGAGGAGGUGUCGGACAUGACAGACUCUCAGAAGACCAACAAGCUGUCAGAGAUUUACUCCACCACCAUUCCCAGUGUGGACUCUGCCAUGGAGUCCUGGGACGGAUCCGGCAUCGACGCUGGCUACGGAAGCCAAGGGCCCUACAACCACCAGGCAGCAGGCAUCGCCCUGCACCCCCAUGAGUGGAGGAGUGCCAAGCAGAGGACCAGCCCCCCACCCCCGGCCCGCCGUAUUAAGAACUACCCUUUCAGUGACGGGGGCUUCAGUGAAGACGACUGGGACAAACCGUCAGGAUACACCAGCCAGCCUCACAGUGACGCCAUCAUGCUCGACCACGAGGACAGUUUCUGGUGUCAGGCACUGGAAGACCUGGAGACCUGUGGACAGUCUGAGCUCCUCAGAGAGAUAGAGGCAUCUAUUAUGACGGGCAGUGCCAUCAGUAUUGGGGUGGAUGGUAACAAGUCCCAUGCCCAUAUGCACCCGGAGGCCCAACUCCUGCAUCACGAGGCCAGAACCCAGCUGCAUCACGAGGCCAGGGCAAAGAACACACUCCGGGUGUCUGAGAAGACCUGGGAGUCUCGCAGGAUCAAGGAAGAGAUGCAGGAGAUCCUCUCCCCUACCCCUCUGGAGCUACACAAGGUGACGGUGAUGAAGGAUCCAGAAAGCGAUGACUUCGGCUUCAGCGUCUCCGACGGGUUCCUGGAGAAAGGUGUUUACGUCAACAUGAUCCGUCCGGAGGGCCCAGCAGAUCGCGCAGGCCUGAAACCAUAUGACAGGAUCCUACAGGUGAACCAUGUGCGUACCAGAGACUUCGACUGCUGCCUGGCUGUGCCCCUGAUCACCGAGGCUGGGGACAAGCUGGAGCUGGUGAUCAGCAGGAACCCUCUGGCCCAGCAACUGCACCAAGACUGUCUGGACCAGGAUCAAGGCCUUCUCAUCUCUGCACUGCAGUCCAACAGUAGGGAACAACACCACUAUACCACCACUACAACCCGAGCCAUGGACCUUUGAUUACAGACACGCCAAGCCACAGACCUUUACCAUGGAGCUGUCUGUGAAUCUACAGACACACACAGAACAAUGGACCUUCUUUGGAGAUGUUAACUACAGACACAGCCACAGACCAGUACCAUGGACACACCAAGUCACAGACUGAAAUUCUGAAUGAACUACAGACAGGAGCCACAAACCAGCGCAAUGGACCUGUGACUAAAGACACAGACCAGUAUUAUAGACCUGUGACUAAAGACACCGACCAGUACUAUAGACCUGUGACUAAAGACACAGACCAGUACUAUAGACCUGUGACUAAAGACACUGACCAGUACUAUAGACCUGUAACUUAAGACACAGACCAGUACUAUAGACCUGUGACUAAGGACACAGACCAGUACUAUAGACCUGUGACUAAAGACACCGACCAGUACUAUAGACCUGUGACUGAAGACACAGACCAGUACUAUAGACCUGUGACUAAAGACACAGACCACUACUAUAGACCUGUGACUAAAGACACAGACCAGUACUAUAGACCUGGGACUAAAGACACAGACCAGUAUUAUAGACCGGUGACUAAAGACACAGACCAGUAUUAUAGACCUGUGACUAUAGACACAGACCAGUAUUAUAGACCUGUGACUAAAGACACAGACCAGUAUUAUAGACCUGUGACUAUAGACACAGACCAGUACUAUAUACCUGUGACUAAAGACACAGACCAGUAUUAUAGACCUGUGACUAAAGACACAGACCAGUACUAUAGACCUGUGACUAAAGACACAGACCAGUAUUAUAGACCUGUGACUAAAGACACAGACCAGUACUAUAGACCUGUGACUAAAGACACAGACAAGUACUAUAGACCUGUAACUUUACUAUACAAAUUAAAAAAUAAAUGUUGAUGUGUUUACCAGAUCGCUGAACCAACUGGCUCAGUGAAACAGGCUCAGAUCCACAGACACAGAGAAACAGGCUCAGUGAAACAGGCUCAGAGCCAUGGACACAGAGAAACAGGCUCAGUGAAACAGGCUCAGAGCCACGGACACAGAGCCACGGACACAGAGAAACAGGCUCAGAGAAACAGGCUCAGUGAAACAGGCUCAGAGCAGCAGUCUCAGAUCCACGGACACAGAGAAACAGGCUCAGUGAAACAGGCUCAGAGCCACGGACACUGUUCGUGGCCACUGGACUCACUAACAAAAUGACAAUCCUUACAGACUCCCAGAGCUCUCCAACACUGAGAAGUGUCUUCAGCCCCACCAACUGUGGUGCAAAAAAAAAAAAGAAGACUUUUUUACAGAUGCAUUUUUCCCACAAGUCUUGUGUUUCGUGUGUUGCCAUUCUGCCUCUUACAAAACAGAAGAAGAAAUAAUGUACCAUACCGUGAGCGGACAAAACAUUAAGAACACCUUCCUAAUAUUGAGUUUCACUCCCCCCAUUUUUGCCCUAAGAAUAGCCUCAAUUCGUCAGGCAUGGACUGUACAAGGUGUCGAAAGCGUUCCACAGGGAUGCUGGCCCAUAUUGACUCCAAUAGUUUUUUAUGUUUUAUUUUACCUUUAUUUAACUAGGCAAGUCAUUUAAGAACAAAUUUUGAUUUACAAUGACGGCCUACGCCGGCCGACGCUGGGCCACUUGCCCGCAGCCCUAUGGGACUCCCAAUCACGGCCGGAUGUGGUACAGCCUGGAAUCGAACCAGGGACUGUAGUGACGCCUCUUGCACUCUGUGCGACUCGGGAGCCUACAACCUGUUGUGUCCGGUUGGCUGAAUGUUUUUUGGGUGGUGGACCAUUCUUGAUACACACAAUAAACUGUUGAGCGUGAAAAACCCAGCAGCAUUGCAGUUCUUGACACAAA